AUGACUUUCAUGAACGAACUAAGACUUGAAUGGAUGGCUGUGGUCUCUACCGUAAAAGCGCAUGAGCAGUUCAAGUCUUACUCGCUUGCAAAAGUUGUGGGAAUCCUUAAGUCCCAUGAAAGUGAAGUAACCAAAGAAGAGAAAGUGGUUUCUGAUAUGGGAUCACUGGCCCUUAUCUCAAAAGGAAAAUGUUUUGCAGAAGAAGAAGAAGAGUCAGAUGUGUCUGAGUAUGACCUUACAAGCGAAGAGUAUGCUAUGAUGGUCACCAAUCCAAAGAAGUUUGCAAGAAGAAAAUUUCCUAUCAACAAGAACCAAGACUGGCAGGGAAGUUAUAGCUCUGAGAAGGCGAAGGAUGAAGCGAAGAUCAUCUCUCAAAAGAAUGAAGACAAGAAGGAGAGCAAACUUGCAGGAGACUCUGGAUACGACUGCAAUUACUGCCACGACAUGAACCAGUUUGCCAAGGAUUAUAUGUUAAGGAAAUUGGCUGAGAAGAGAGACGGGGAAGAUGAUGAGGCAUAUUACAUGCGCAAGCUGGAAGAGAUCAAGAACAAAAAGACAACUAACAGUGCAAAAGAUGAGUUCGGUGGCGUGGAAGUGUGGUCAACUGACUCUGAGGAUGAAGAAGUAAGAAAGCCCACUCAUGGAAGGGCUUAUGUGGCAAAGGAAGCAGGUUCGGCUGGGAAGUGCUUGAUGGUCUCUGCUGGAUCAUCAACCGAAAGUGCAGAUGAAGAAUCGAACCUGACUGAAGCCAAAUGCUUUGCAGCAAAGCCUGUCAGUGAGCAGAUCAACGACUGCGAUCGGUUGAUCAAAAAGUCGUACUCUAUUCACUCAUUUGAUCAAUCCAAUGCUAAAUUAGCUUCUGAGAAUAAAAUAGACUUAGAUAACGUGUCUGAAUUUGAUGAGAUGAGUGAGAUAUCUGUAGAAGAUGUAGUUGAUUGCUCUGAGUUUACGAAGAGCGAAACUGAGAAUAAGAAACCAUUAAUCUUAGAAAAUUCGGUUGAAUUUGCUCGUCUAGCAAAGAAUAAGGAAAAGAAGCUCAAGGAAAAAGAUGUGGUUUAUCAAAAGGUUCAAAUUGUGACGAAUCAAGUAUAUGCAGCUAAAGGAGUUACUCCUAGACAAACAGUAGAACUAAUAGUCUUGGUGGAAAAGGACAAUGCAGAAGGGUGCAAAGAUUUCUUCUGGCCUGCUCCCAUAGAUAAUGCAGACGAAACAGUAGGCUUAUCAAAGUAG